AUGAUCAGCACGUUAUUGACUUAUGGUUCUGAUACUAAGAAAUCCCAACUCUCUGCGGAAUUGUUUUACAAAGACACUGCUGGAAAGAUGGAUCUGGCGGAUCCUGUCGCUACUGGCUACAAUACCGGGCUGAAUACCCGAUAUGAGUUUAUCAAAGACAGUUCUGCUGUAGAAUUGCUAGGACCUCUACAUUCUGAUUUGUUUUAUCAAGACCGUUUACUGCUAAAUGGAGUCACCAUGCGAAUACGAUUAAAUCGAAGCAAGAAUGCCUUUUGUCUCUUGUCUGCUGUUGGUGGAGCUGAUUACAAAGUGAGCAUUUCGCAUGCUAGUCUGUUUGUUCGAAAAGUCAAAGUGACGUCAGACACGUUUCUUGGUCAYGCAGCCGCCCUUCAACAUUCACCAGCCCUCUAUCCCAUACGAAGAGUGGAAUGUAAAGUACUAUCCAYYCCCAGCGGCAACAUGUCUUUCACCCCAGAUGACGUAUUCCUAGGACAGAUCCCCAAACGAAUUGUUUUGGGUUUGGUAGAAAACGCCGCCUUCAAUGGAGCUUACACCAAGAAUCCGUUCAAUUUUCAACAUUUUAAAGCUACGCAAGUUGGGAUUUAUGUCAAUGGUGAGGCUCAACCGAUCAAGGCAUUACAACUGAACUUUGAAAAAGAACAGUAUCUCAUGGGAUACAUGAGUCUGUUUUCUGGAACAGGUACUUUGUACCACAACCAAGGAAAUGAAAUCACCAGGCAAGAUUAUUCAAAGGGUUACACUCUCUAUGCCUUUGACCUGAGUCCAGAUCUUUCAGCGGGUCCUCACGUUUCCCCURUAAAGCAAGGGAAUCUGCGCAUUGGUUUUCAGUUUGCUGAGGGUCUUCCAAGUACCGUCAACUGCAUCAUCUAUGCCGAGUUUGACUCUAUGAUCGAAAUUGACUCGAACAGAACCGUCACUUACAACUGGAGCGGAUAA